AUGGCGGAGCCGCGCAGGGUGCCGUUCAUUAGCCUGUCACCCGUGCGGCGCCGCGAGGGCGAGAGCCCGGCGCUGGAUCGAGAGCCGGCGGGCCGCGACCCGGAGCCACCUCCGGCGGGCCGUGAGGCGCCACCGCCGGAGCCGCCGCCGCACGAGCCGCCCGGCGACAGCGCUGCCCGCCCGGAGCCGCCCCGAGAUCCCGGCCGGCCCGAGCAGCCGCCGCAGCGGGAGCCCCCACGGCCCGAGCCACCGCCGCUGCCGCCACCGCCGCGCCAGAGCGGGCGGCAGGAGCCGCCGCCGCCGCGGGAGGCGCUCCCGCUCCGCCAGACGGUGCGCCUGGAGGUGGUGCUGAAGGAUCCCACCGAGGAGGGCUGCGUGGAGUUCAGCUACCCGGAGCUGCUGCUGUGCGGGGACUCGCGGAAGAAAUCGGUUCAUUCAGAGGAUCCAUAUAACGAUGAACAACGUGAGCGACAUGAAGUAGAAAUGCUUGCCAAGAAGUUUGAGGCAAAAUACGGUGGCAAGACCCACAAGCAUCGGAAAGAUCGCCUGCAGGAUCUGAUCGACAUCGGCUACGGCUACGACGAGACGGACCCUUUCAUUGAUAACUCUGAAGCGUAUGAUGAAUUGGUUCCUGCAUCCCUGACAACCAAAUAUGGAGGGUUUUAUAUCAACACUGGUACACUGCAGUUUCGCCAGGCAUCUGAAUCAGAGGAUGAAGACUUUGCAGAAGACAAAAAGCAUAGGCCACCUAAAAUAGCAAAGUUGAAAGAAAGUGAAGAUCGUGGAGUGAAGAAACGCAAGCGAAAAGAUGAAGGGACAGAGAAGGAGAAGAAGCCUCGGAAAAUGAAAGUUCCUAAGCAGUUGGGAGUAAUGGCCUUAAAUUCACACAAGUCUGAGAAGAAGAAAAAGAAAUUGUAUAAAGACUCACUCUCUCUGGCUGCCAUGAUCCGUAAAUUUCAAAAGGAGAAGGAAGCCAUGAGGAAGAAGGAACCUAGUCCAAAACCUCCAGUGACUGUUGCAACCUCUACCCCUAGUAAAAUUCCUUCUUCCUCUCUCAGUGCAGGAAAUGAUAUCUCUGACUUGAAUCUUAGGAUCAAUGAUCCUGUCCUCUCCAUUUUUGGUAGCACAAAUGAACCUGAGCUCCUGCAAGAAACUGAAAGUGCCCUGGAGAUGUUGGGGGACAUUGACUUUGACAAGUUGCUCGAUGGCACUUCUGAUGGCAGCCCGGUCUCUGAGCUGUCAGGAGAGAAUGGAAAUGUCUCUCAGGCAACCUACACCUCUCAGGUCAUGACACCCAAGCAGGUGCCUGCCCUCCCUGAAGGUCUGCCUGUGCUACUUGAAAAGCGCAUUGGAGACCUUCGAACAGCUGCCAAGAUGUUUGAUGAAGAAGGCAGGAAGAAGUUUUUCACACAAGACAUGAAUAAUAUUCUUCUGGACAUUGAGCUGCAGCUGCAGGAGGUGAAUCCUGCCAUCCGCAAUGGAGUCUACUCACACCUGGAGGCUUUCGUGCCGUGCAAUAAGGACACGCUGAUAAAGCGCCUGAAGAAGUUACACCUCAAUGUCCAGGAUGACCGCUUGAGAGAGCCAUUGCAGAAGCUGAAGCUAGCUGUCAGUAACGUCAUGCCUGAACAGUUAUGCAAGUAUCAGGAGGACUGUCAGGCCCGCAGUCAAGCCAAGAAUGCCAAGUUGCAAGCAGAAGAUGAACGAGAGAAAAAUGGAUCAGAGGAAGAUGAUGAUGAGAAACCUGGAAAGAGGGUUGUUGGACCCAGAAAGAAGUUUCACUGGGAUGACACAGUGAGGUCUCUGUUGUGUAAUCUUGUCAAGAUCAAGCUGGGAUGUUAUGAGCUAGAGCCAAAUAGAAGUCAGUCUGCUGAAGAUUACCUCAAAACCUUUAUGGAAACAGAAGUGAAACCACUUUGGCCUAAAGGCUGGAUGCAGGCAAGGAUGCUUUUUAAGGAAAGCCGAAGUGUUCACAAUCACCUCACUUCUGCUCCGGCAAAGAAGAAGGUGAUUCUGGCCCCUAAACCCAAAGUGAAGGACUCCAGUCCAAAAAAAGAACAGAAAACCUGUAUGUCUUCAGUCAAUUCAAGUUGUGCUCCUGUACUGAGUUCCAGUGCAGCUGUGUGCACCCCAGCCAGCUCUAGCUGCACAGCAGCUCCAGAGACCAUCUGCUUGGAUGACUCACUGGAUGAAGACCUCUCUUUCCACCCACCCUCACUGGACUCUGUUUCUGAUGCUCUGGCAGUUAUCAACAAUGGUGCCAAGGGAUCACCUCUUGGGUCCACCAUAGACACAACAACACCCAGACCUCGCCCUGGGCUGAGGGAAGAGAAACUAGCAAGCAUUAUGAGUAAGUUGCCUCUGGCAACUUCAAAGAAAGUAGAGCCCACUCAAACAUCCCAUUCAUCAAGUCUUAUUGCUGGUCACACAGGGCCAGUACCAAAGAAACCCCAGGACUUAGUUCACACUGGUAUCUCUUCAGGCCUUAUUGCUGGAUCUUCAAUUCAAAAUCCCAAGGUUUCCUUAGAGCCUUUGCCAGCCAAACUACUUCAACAAGGAUUACAGAGGUCAAGUCAGAUCCAAGCUGCUUCCUCCUCUUCGCAGACUCAUGUUUCUUCCUCUAAGACUCAAGCAGCUAUUUCCACCUCCUCUCAAAGAACCAAGGAUAUCUUGGUAUCAUCUGCUGAGGUUCAAGGUGGUACUUCCUCAACAUCACAAGUGACAAAGGUGCACCAGCAUUCAGCUGUACAACAGAAAUAUGUAUCUCCCUUACAAGCAACUAUUAGUAAAUCACAGAGCAAUCCUGUGGUGAAACUAAGUAGUAAUCCCAAACUCUCUUGCUCAUCACCAGUGAUCAAGGCUCAAGAUAAGUCUGUAGUGUAUCGCCUGCCUUUGUCUAAUCCUUCCUCUGGAAGUGGCUCUCAAGUGUCUCACCCACUGGUUUCUCGGACAACAUCCAGCACCUCUACCUCUAGUAACUAUUUAGCCAAGGCUAUGGUGUCACAAGUUUCUUCCCAGGGUUUCAAGCCUCCCUUCUCCAUGGCUGCCUCUCCCAAACCUGCUGCCUCUCCCAAGCCCACUUCAUCUAAGCCCUCUGUGACACCCAAGCCCAAUGCGUCACCUAAAUUUUCAUCCAAGUCCACCUCAUCCCCCAGGCCUGCAACAACACCCAGUUCUUCCAGUUCAAGUGCACUAGUUUCCCAGAGUAGUCACUCCAGCAACAACCCCCUUCAUAAACAGACCAGUGGUGUAAAUAUCAGCAGGCAGUCUCCCACAGUGAAUUUGCUGUCCUCUAAUCGCACCUCAGGCCUUCAGCCUGCAAAAAACCCUCAGGCUUCUUCAAAAUUGCCCAACUCUUCUCCUUCUGGGACUGUUGGUAAAAAUAAUCUGGGUGGAGUUGGAAUGAAUGUACCUGCCAGCAGAGGCAGUAACCUUAACUCAAGUGGAGCUAGUAGGACUAGUCUGUCUGGGGGAGCAGGAAGUGGAACACAGGGUGCUACUAAACAAUUGUCAACUCCACACAGACCAUCUUCUGCCUCAGGGUCUCCAGUUGUAGCAGCCAGCGUGCAGUCAACAGCAGGAGCAUCACUACUGGCUAAUGCCUCACCUCUGACUCUCAUGGCAUCCCCCCUGUCUGUGACCAGUCAGAACGUGACGUCUGCACCAUUAACUCCUUUUGGGAUGCUGGGUGGCCUCGUUCCUGUGACUGUGCCCUUCCAGUUUCCCUUGGAGCUGCUUGGCUUUGGGACGGACACAGCUGGAGUGACAACCACCUCGGGAUCUACCUCAGCGGCUUUCCACCACAGCCUAACUCAGAACUUACUGAAGGGUUUACAGCCAGGUGCUCAGCAUGCAGCAACGCUGUCUCACUCACCUCUGCCUGCUCACUUGCAGCAAGCUUACACAGAUGGAGGCCAAAGUAAAGGGGACACUAAGUUACAGCGGAAAAACCAGUGACUUCUGGACAAGCAAGGGAGCUGAAGCAGUUCUGGUUGGCUGACAGAAUCUGCCCAGUUGGGAAAGUGCUUAUUGUCACAGGGCUGCUGUUUCUGUCAAUGUUUACAUAUUCUGAUCCUAAGCACUGUGGUGAGAGGAAGAAGAAAAAUAAAACAAUACUUGAUCAAAGAGAGAAGGAAAAGGAGGACUGGUCCUCCUGGUCAUGCAAACUGGUCGUAGUUUGAUAUUGCCUAAAGAAACAACCUUUUUUUAUCUGCUCUGAUUGGCUCUUAAAAGAAAUUGAUCGUCAAACCCACAGCAGCACCAACAUUUUGUUUCUGGGUGAAGUCCAGUGAAAAGUGGAAAUAGUGAAAGGUGCUAGAAUAGGUUUCUCCUUUCAAGGUGGAAUCAUCCACUUCCUUAGUGCCCAAAGUGCCCAGUAUAAGAUGACGUGUAGGUCCUGAGUGUACUAUAUGGUUGUGGACCAAAGGUUAUGUAGAAUAGAGAUGGUGCUGGGAUACUUUGCAUUAUAAUUAAACCUUUAGACAAAAGCAGUUUCUGAUAAUGGGCAUUGAUCCAGCUUUAGAAGGCUGUUUUGACUUUAGGGAGCCUACAGAUGUAUGCAGUCUCAGUAGAGAAUUGUCUUCAAAACCAGAUCUGGUACAUCAGUAUGUGAGACACAGACUAUUUGAUUUAUUUUCAGGGUUUUUUUAGUACAAAAGUUCUUAUUUAAGGGAGGAAGGGGAUGGAAAUUCAUUUACAUGAAAAGAAACCCAUAUUUUAUUGGUCAGACUAGCAUUUCUUUCCCACAUUUUUUUUAAAAUCACACUUAUAUUUCAGUAUUUUCAUUUGUUAAACUUUCUUUUACCUUGUGCUUAUUUGCUACUGGAAAGAUACUCUAUUCAUGUCUUUCAUGAACAAGUUCUUUUCUCAUUCUCAGGCUUCAUCCUUUAUGUAACUCCUCCCAGAAGCCAUGCAUUAUAUUGAUUUGCUAGUUAAAGAAAGCUGAUUGUGACCUGUUCCAGAGUCAGGUAAAUACUGCUUCAGGCAUUAGCCAAAGAGGAGUCGUUCAAAAGCGACCAGAGGUGCCUUCUCUUCUGGGGGCUGAAUGGGUUGUCUCCAGCAUUUCCAGCCCCUGCUGGCCUGGGGAGUUUUACCUGAACUCUUUCUUACAUGGUAGCACAAGACUGCAGAGCUGGCUUUGUUGUUUGGUUUUGUUUUGGUUUUUUUUUUUUUUCUUUGAUAGCAAUACAUCAACCAGUUCACAUGUAAGAUUAGGAAGCAUCCAGCACGUGUUGCACUUUCGACACUAGGACAGAACUUUGCUGUUGAGUCCCUUGAGCUGUCAGAUAAAAGGUGAGAAUGGCAGAAACUAAAAUAAGUCAUAGGGAAAAGGAGCAAAUAAAUCAGUAUGAUGCCCUUCUCCUUCAACCCUGAAACAUUCCUUUGACCAGAGAUGCUGAAAUUCUUAGUAGAUAGAUCUUCUGGUAGUUUGACUCAGAGACUGAACCAGACACUGCUGGUUAUCUCACACCUUUAGAGAGACUUUGACCCCUGAAUAAUGACUCUUCAAUAUAUUUUGCUAGAUUACUUAGAGCUUGCAGGUUUCUUUUACAUGUGAUUUAUUUUUCUUAGAUCAGACAACAAUUUCUUUUCUAUUUAGAGCUCAUUUUAAUUUUAUAUAAAUAUAUAUACAUAAAUUUAAAAUAAUAUAUAUUGUGUAUUUAGUAUAAAAAUGUUGGGUUGAGCUCAGCAAUAAAUGUUUUUGCACAACACUUCUGUGAAAGACAGAUUGAAUUAAGAUGCAUUAGUUCAUUAGUUUCACUCCACAGCAUCUGCCAAUGAAAUGCUUUUGAGCUGGCACUAAUGUUUUGUAUGUGGUGUGUUGAUCAGACAAGCUUGCAUCUCCAUCAAGGUUGAGAGUUGAAACACAAACACUGUGUAGACCCUGGCAUUAAUACUGUACAAAUUGUCAAAAUACCAUAAACUAUUUAGAGUGCAAGCUUCAUCUGAUACUUUUUUUCUUUUCUCCAGGAAGGGUUGAAGGAAGCCAACUUUGUUUUUUGAGGCCCAACAGUUCUGACAGAAUGUUAAUUCUCUGAACUGUGUCAAACCUGAGAACUUUAACAAUGCAUGUAGCUAAGGGAGUUGUGGCAGUGAGCCAUUGGGCAGCAAUAUAUUUAAAGGACCCCGUCCUAAGAGAGUUCUACCUCUUCUGUGUUUUUGUCAUCAAGGCAUCCCAUUCAAAUUGUCAUCUUUUGUCUUCAUACUUACUGAAAUUUAGGCUGGGAGACUUGGAGCCCUUUAUAACUACAGCACAAAUUCCCUUUCAACAUUCCUUUCUUCCUGGAAAUACACUUCAUCUUCAGUUGAAGAGUAUCCUCUCUAAAUCUUGAGGGCAGGAGUAGUUCUACCUCUGUGUCCUAUUGAGCUUCUCAGUCUUGGGAAACAAGUAAACUAAAACUUAUUGUGGAAAUAAAUACUAGGGUGAUGAAAAUAAAGAUGACCAUACAUUGUCUGUGACAUCAGUUCAAACAACCUCCAGCAGGUAACUCAGUCAUUAUACUCCUGUUAUUCAUUAUACUCCUGAGUGUCUUUUCAAUGAACAACACUGGAGAUGGGGACCCUUUACUUGCUGUUUUCUAUUCUGCUUGGUUAAACCUAGCAAGGCCAAAUCAAAGGAAAUAAUAGGCUGGUUCCCAGAGACCUUUGCAGGUGGCAUAGACAGAAUGGGAAAGAUUACUGCAACAUUUGAAUGCAAAAUUAGGUUAAUAUUUUACUAUCUUCUGUGCAGCAGCUCUUCUGAAGACAUUUCCCCCCCCCCAGGUUUUUACUACUUUUUAAGGGCCUUUGUUAAUAAAUAAACUGUAGUUGUACAUACUAAAUAAACCCUCAGUAUUCACAAGCAAUAAGAAAGCCAAGUAGAGCUGUCUUUUCAGGCAGUAGGGCUGAACUUGGUUUGGGGAUUGUGUAUGAGCUAAUGUGUCAAGCUCUCUGAAAGCCCCAAACAAAUGCAAGCAAUAACUUCAAACAUAGGUUUUAGGUGUUGAAACUGUCUGGGUAGUAUUCCCUGCUACAUGAUCCAAAGUCCCAAAAACCACGGUAGCUAUGUGAAAUCAUUAGAGACUCUUGCAAAGAAAGAAGGCAGGCUAGAUGAAAAACGGGCUGCAGUUUCCUGAUACCUUGGACUAUAACUGCAGUGUUCUCCCAUUCCAAGACACAAAUGGCCUAAGUCACUUUGUCCAGCCUUCUCUGUUGAUUUGAGAAACAUGUCUAAAUACUGAUCAACUGAGUCACAAGUGCGGAUGCUGUGGGUUUCACAUCUGUUUUCUGCUAAUCAGAAGAAACUUUUAAUUACCUGGGUUCUGCUUUGUGUUUGAAUCUGAUCAAAGUUGUCUGUUGCACAGAUUAAGGGGUGGGACAGGUGCCUAAAGCCUGUUCCUUCCUGCAGUCCCAUCACCUGACCCUUCCUCCACACUCCUUCUCCACUUGGUGCAAGACCCUUGAGGACAUGAAAACAGAGAAAUCUGCAACUCUCCCAAGCUGCCAUCAGUUGUGUGAACCAGUAACCCUCUGGGAGUCACCUUGGACUCCAACUAACUUUAUCACAUUUGCUGCUACAUUCAGAAAAUGAACUUUUGGCUGUAUUUAUUAGCAAAUUUUAAUCUAGUUUACAGGGGUUUUUUGUUUUCUUUUGAUUAGUUUUUGCCCACAGUUGGAUUAGAAGCAUUUGGGUGUUUGGGUUGAUGGGUUUUUUUGUUUCG